AUGUCGAAGCAGCUUCUCUCACCAUUACCACUUCUACUGAUCUUCCUCUGCUGCCCCACAGUUUUUGCUCAAUCUCCAGCACAAGCUCCAGUUGCUCAGCCUCCACCACAAGCCCCAAUUGCUCAGCCUCCAGGACAAGCUCCGCUUGCUCAGACUUUGGUACCAGCUCCAGUAAAACCAUCAGGUCCAACCAACAUCACUGCAAUCCUUGAAAAGGCUGGUCACUUUGUUACAUUGAUUCGGCUACUAAAGAGCACCCAACUGGAUACCGAAAUUUACAAAAAGCUCAACAAUUCAAAACAAAGCCUAACUGUGUUUGCCCCAACUGACAAUGCCUUUGGUAACCUCAAAACAGGUGCUCUAAACUCGUACAACGAUCAGCAAAAGUUUCAGCUGGUAAAAUUCCAUUUCAUCUCUUCUUUCCUUUCUGUCCCUGCAUUCCAAACUGUGAGCAAUCCAGUGAGCACAGAGGCCGGUAGUAAUGCACUGUACCCACUAAAUAUAACCACGGUGGGGAGUCAGGUGAACAUAUCAACUGGUAUCGUUAACACAACAAUAUCCGCCACAAUUUAUUCUGAUAACCAGCUAGCGGUAUAUCAGGUGGAUCAGGUGCUCCUUCCAUUAUCUUUUUUUGUAACUCCGUCUCCAUCGCCAGCUCCUGCACCAUCAAAGCCCGAGAAAGAGGCCGCAGCUCCUUCAGGUUCAGAGUCAGUACCCACUACUGAUGAUGCUGCUGUUAAAGCUUCUGGCGCAAUGCGCAUGAUUCAUCAUCCACUCAAUGCAAUGUCCAUUACAGGUUUCCUUUUUGCAGCGCUCUCUAUGUGUUUGAGUUGAGAGUUGGUUGAUGUUGAUUGUGUUCUAUAUACCAGUGCUAUCAUGUUUUCACUUAAAUCAAAUAUUUCCUUUUGAGUAAACUCUCUCCCUCACACUGUCUCUCUUUCCAAAACCAGAGUAGUUGGGUUGGCUAAGCUAUAAUGGUGGGCAUGCUUCCAUUCAUGUUGCGCAAAACUCCACAUAGCUUUGUCCAGUUGCUAUCACAGUAGUAGUAGCAUGAAGGAUGUGAGUUGAGGGGCAGCCACAACAUAAGGCUAUUGCCGCCUACAUGCCUGAUGGGAUCCAGUCAAUGAUCAAAAAGACUUUGUCAAUUGACGACUGAAUUAUUCCAGAUCUAGAUCCUAUGGAAAUUUUGAAGAGAAAAUGUUGCUUACUCCCUGUAAAAUGAAGGACCUUUCCAACAUAACGGAGAUACAAUAUUUCAAAUUAGUGCAUCAGAACUCACAAUAAUUAUCCAAUUGCGCAUGAUCCCUACCUUUAUUUCACAGACAAAACUUAAACUAAAUGAGCCAAUUACAAAUCCAUAAAAUAUCACAAAUCUCAGCAUUUUCCUAUAUGUACCUAUACAACACAAGUCCCAGCUAAUAUUUUUGAGCAUGUGUAGUCUCAUGUCCAACUAAAAGACCAAAAUACCCAUCAUUAUACCAGGGUAAUGCAAACACAGACCAACAUAAAUCCCCUCCAAGUUCAACGAUGGCCUUAAAUCAUUAAAUUUCUUUUAUGAUAUUGGUUUGCCCCCAAACACUGACCUCAGCUCCAGCUUCCUCGCCAUUGGCAACAUAGCUCACUAUAUCAUGCUCAAAGCCGCCGAGCAAGACUUCAAGAAAGCAGUGAUCAGUGAGGUGAUUGAUUGCUAUACAACUGUUCUUCAGUGGGAAUUAGGUUGUAUUAAUUCCAUUAGUCCAAAAUUGGACAAAAUUUUGGGAGUGAAGUGUCCAGGAUGAUGGUGUUUGUCGGUUUUUUUUAAAAUUUUUAUUUUUAAAGUAGUGUUUGUUGGGGGUUUUGAUCCAUUGAAACACUGGCAAAGAAGAUAUCUGUUAAAAUUCAAUGUAUAAAGAGAAUUGUAUAGAGAAUGAAUGAUGUAUUAUUGAUUGAUGUUUAGAUAUGUUACAAUGAUUCCUAUAUAUAGAAGAGUAGGUGGUAGUAGGUGGUAGGUGG